AUGCAGCAUGAGUGGAUCCAGGAGGCCUGCUCCAACAAGUUUCGGCCCAAGACCCGCACCGUGAGAAGACCCAGCGAGAGCCUCAGCAACAUAGAGAACAACAACAACAAGGUAGAGCAGCAUAUUCCCCACGAACCAGCCCUCAUCAACAGGAUAGGUAAAAGGAGCAGUCAUCUACCACCAUGCCUUCUCAUAUGUACGAAUACAUUUAAAUUUUAGUCAUUUAGCAGACGGUCUUAUCCAGAGCGACUUAGAGUGAGUGCAUACAUCAUUUGUAUUUUUCAUACUGGCCCCCCGUGGGAAUCGAACCCACAACCCUGGAGUUGCAAACGCCAUGCUCUACCAACUGAGCUACAUCCCUGCCGGCCAUUCCCUCCCCUACCCUGGACGACGCUGGGCCAAUUGUGCGCCGCCCCAUGAGUCUCCCGGUCGCGGCCGGCUACGACAGAGCCUGGAUUCGAACCAGGAUCUCUAGUGGCACAGCUAGCACUGCGAUGCAGUGCCUUAGACCACUGCGCCACUCGGGAGAAAAUAAUCUGCAUUAGGCAUUUAUUACACUUUGAGAGUGGCAGAUUGACACAAAAACUAAAUUGACGCAACAUCUCUAUGAUUGACAUGAAGUAACAUGCUUCUUACUUUCCCAUCUCUGACGCAGUUGACAUGGCAUUCUCCAGCCCGUUCUCCAACGCUACAGACAGGCCCAAGAGAGAGAACUGUGAAGCUGGCGUCCGCCGAGUGCUUGCGUCCGAUCGGGACUUCGGCCGAGGGUCAGAUGGGCGAGGGCAGGACCAAGAGCACCAGGGCUGUUAGCAGCAGCAAGCAGGAGGUACCCAGGGAGAGAUCAGUCCACAUCGUCAUCAGGCCCCCACUGGAACACACUGCAGACGCAGACAGGGACAGUCUGGAGCACCAGCAGGGCCUGUCCCCCAUCACAUGA